AUGUCUCAAUAUAUUGGUAAGACUAUUUCCUUAAUUUCAAACAAGGGACUUCGUUACGUUGGAUUGUUAGAUAAUAUCAAUGCUGAUGAUGCUACUGUUGCGUUAAAGUCUGUGAGAUCUUUUGGAACUGAGGGAAGGAUGGCUCAAGCAGGCAAUCCAAUGAUGGAGGUUAUGCCAGGAAAGGACAUAUAUGGGUAUGUUGUGUUCAGGGGGUCUGAUGUAAAGGACUUGACAGUUUUGGAUCUCCCAAUUGACCAGGUCAAGCCUGAGCCUUACUAUCCACCUCCUCCUCCAGCGGGAUAUUAUGCACAGCAGCAACCCCAGAACCCUGCUCCAACUGCAACAGUAGGACCUUCGCCUCCUGGCCAUACAACUGGUAUUGCUACUCAAACACUGGCCCCUCAAGCAGCAUCAGGAAAGGGUCCGGCUCCCACUCAGGCUCCAACUGGAGCUCCCAGGAUGCCAACUACGCUGGCUCCUAUUCCAGAUCAAAAUUUGCCUACAUCUACCCAAAGCCAGCAGGAUUCUCAGCCUUCAAAUGCUCCGCAAACAAGCUCGAACUUCAAUACUAAGAAACAGCCUCCUGCGGAAUCUACACCAGAAGCUCGUCCACAGGAUAGUAAUAAGAACGGUAAGGCUACAGCAAUAUUUCCGGAGGCUUUUGAUUUUGAGUCCGCUAAUGCUAAAUUUCAAAGAGAUACAGAUUUAGAGAGCAAAGAUCGUCAAGGUUAUAAUAAAAGCUCGUCUUUUUUUGACACGAUUUCGUCGUCUGCUGAAGAAAGAAGUAACAUGAGAUGGUCUGAAGAAAAAGAUUUGAAUUUAGACACGUUUGGAGAGGCUUCAGUCGGUCACAGAAGAGGUAGAGGAAGAGGAAGAGGGAGAGGUGGCAGAGGAAACUCAAGAGGUAGAGGCAACUGGAGAGGCAGGGGAAGAGGAAAGAGUGAAUACAAGGAGCCGAAGCCAGAAUGGGCAUGA